AUGGAAGCGGCGCCUAUUUUGUCAACUCCAGAUACACGCCUGUUAGAUGCCACUGCUCCAGUGGCAAGUCCCCAUGAUUCAGGCCCCGCACGAUCAGAUGAGGAGCUUGCCGUCAUAUAUGAUAUUGAGCGUACCUUGACGGAGAUUCGCCGGGGACGAUGGAAGCGAAUCGCCCUGCAAUUUCCGGAUGAGAUGCUACCGGAUGCGCCUCGUGUCUUCCAGCUUCUAAGUCGUGGUCUACAGAAAAAGGACAUUAAAGACAUUUCGACUCAUGCCAACGGGCUCGCUUCUGGCGACCACGCGAAGGACACGUCCGAGUCUGAGCCCGAUCUAGUCGAACCUGUGUCCCAGUUGAAGGUCAAUGACAGUCCUCCAGAAAAAGAACAAGAACAAGAACAGCCUCCCAAGCUGUAUAUCCUUGCAGAUACCUCUUAUGGAACUUGCUGUGUCGAUGAAGUUGCUGCAGAACAUGUCAAUGCCGACGUCGUGGUACACUAUGGGCGAGCCUGCCUUUCGCCCACCGCACGAUUGCCGGUGAUAUAUGUAUUUACCCACAAGCCUUUACCCUUGGAUCCCCUUGUCAAGGCAUUCCGGGAAACCUAUCCGGAUCUCACGUCGAAGAUCAUCAUUGCUGCCGAUGUGACCUACUCAGACCAUGUCCCCGCAGUCUAUGAUCGACUGGUCCAGGAGGGUUAUACUAACCUCUUUGCCACUUCGGUGGUUCAUGAUCCCUCAUCCCCAAUACCGAACCGGACAGUUCCAGAGUCUGUCAAGGACAAUCCAGAACUUCUGAACGAGUGGCAGCUGUUUCACAUCUCCGACCCUCCAACGGCGCUGCUCCUCACCCUGUCGUCGAGGGUUGCAGCCAUUCAUAUCUAUCCUACAGAACAAUCAGGGUCUGAUCAGGAAGUGAAGCCACUGCAGGCGUCCACUGCGGCAGCUCUGCGCCGCCGCUAUGCUAUCUUGACUUCAUUGAGCACGGUACCGAUAUUUGGUAUUCUUGUCAACACUCUGAGUGUGAAAAACUACCUCCAUAUCGUGGACCAUGUCAAGAAACAAAUUGCCGCCGCAGGUAAGAAGAGCUACAUGUUUGUGGUGGGCAAGCUCAACGCGGCCAAAGUGGCUAAUUUCAGUGAAAUCGGAGGGUGGGUCGUAAUCGGCUGCUGGGAGAGCUCUCUUGUCGAUAGCAAGGACUUUUGGAAACCCCUGAUCACACCCUUCGAAUUGGAGCUUGCUCUCAAGAGCGACGCGGACCGUAUCUGGACGGGCGCGUGGCGAAGCGACUACCAGACCAUCUUGGAUGCUGCUCAAUCAUCGCAGGCUGAUCAAGAUAACCACCAUGGUGAAUCAGCUCCCUCCGCUGAUGAUGACGCUGCCCGAGAGACUGGUGAAGACGAAUCGUCUGAUUUCGAGUCCGCUCCCCCAGAAUUCGACUUACGGACCGGUCAGUAUGUUUCUCAUUCUCGUCCUAUGCGGGAUGUAGCAGGGUAUGGCUCCGGAAGCACACAAUCGUCUAGUAGAAGCUCUGGUGCUGCCAAAGCAUUGGCAAAGCGUGCAAAGGGGGAUAUAGCUACCAUCGGUGGGACCGUGUCGCCUGGAGCAGAAUUUCUGCGGUCCCAACGGACGUGGAGAGGUCUGGGGAGUGAUUUCGAUAUUAGAUACGACGAGGAUGAUCAAGCAGACAGCACGCUUGUUGUAGAGGGGCGCAAAGGAAUUGCAAGAGGAUAUACGGUUGGGGAGUCUACAGAAAGACGCUGA